CAAAGAUAUACAUAUAAUAACAAUAGCAGCUUAUCCGAUAGAGAUUUGCAAGAUCUGCCUACUACACAACUUGUACGUAGCUGGGUCGUCUACCUCGCAUGCUCAUCUCCUACCCUUAUCGACGCUGCACCUGAUCUUAUCAACUAUGCGUCACAUCUACCCGCGUACGUUCUUUGCGCAAUUCACAGGCGGUGAAUCUUCUCAAGAGUACACUAAGGUUAUCGAUGCUCUCAGACAGCACACACAAGGUGUUAUAUUAAAUUACUCCGCGGAAGCCUCGGAUAUUAGUCCUUCACAUUCACAGGAUGCCAUGUUAGCAGCUGCUGAGGAUAGUUUGAGGAUUAUUUCUGAAGGUGUUCAAGCAUGUGGCACCUACGAGAAACAGCUCCGAGACAACCACGAUAAGAGAGCCGGUCAAACUUUCGUAGCUGUGAAACCAUCCGGAUUGAUUCCUGAUCCAUACGUACUUGAAAGAGCAACGCUUGCACUUAACGAACUUCAUGGAUGGAAUAACACUUUACCUGCUCAAAUGCCCGUCGAAUCAGUGUCAGAUUCUGACAUGCAGUUGAUGUUAGGCAAAGCUAAACUUUCUAACAUCUCAAAAGAAGAUCUCAAACAAUUAGCUGGUUUAUAUGAUAGAAUGAGAAAUAUUUGUGGAUGCGCUUAUGACAAUGGUGUGAAAAUUCUCAUUGAUGCAGAAUACGCAAAGUUCCAACCAGCUAUCGACGUAAUGUUUACACUCUUAGCCGAAGAGUUCAAUUAUGAUAGAAAAGGAAAUGUCUCACAGACUGUCCAACCUGUUGUCUACAACACCAUUCAAUGUUCCUUAAGACGUUCAGAGGAUUUCGUAAAGGCAUCUAUUAAACGUGCUCAAGAGAAAGGAUACACCAUUGGAUUGAAAGUUGUACGUGGUGCCUAUGUCGAUCACGAAAACUCCCGAUGGGCUAAGCUUAAGGGUGUUGGACCAUCCCCAGUUUGGGGAUCUAAGGAAGAGACUGACAGAUGCUUCGAUAAUGUUGCUGAGCAUCUAGUUGAGGAACUUGCCUCUGCUAACGGAAACACCCUUGGUGUUCUGUUCGCUUCUCAUAACUGCAAUAGCGCAUUCAAAGUGUUGGACCUUCUUGAGAAACACAAACUUGCAAGUCGCACGUCUGACAACAAAGUUGACCCUAUACCACCAAUUAGAGAACGCAUUGCCUUCGGUCAAUUAUAUGGUAUGGCAGAUAAGCUCUCAAGUGAACUCUCUAGGAGCUUCACCGAUGGUCCACCGAUGGUAUUCAGAUACCUUCCUUUUGCAAAACUUGAGUAUGCACUACCAUACCUUCUUCGUCGAGCAACAGAGAACAAAGGUGUAUUGAUGGGAAGCGCAGACGGCGAAAUACCGCCUGCUAUAUUAGAAAGGAAGAAGCUCUUUAAUGAGCUAAGAAGAAGAUUCUUACUACUUUAGGAUAUAACUUUUCGCCGGAAUCACCCAUAAAAGUUAGCCGGGACAGCAAAAAAUGGAGCGAAAAAGAAGAAAAAUUUGACUAAAAUGAAUAGAAUAACGUAUACGAAUA